AUGGCUCCAACCCUUCCUCCUAUGCCGUUACCCGGCCUCAUUAUAGUCCCUGGUUGGACGGCUCAGCACCAAGAGACCUUUCUCAUGAAGAACGAAGACACCCCCAAGGGCAAGUGUCAAAGUUUGGUCAGCUAUCUCACACCCGAAGGUAAAGCUGGAGCUCCAUUUCUUCAGAUCAAAGAAGAAGAUUCAGAUGUCAUCCUAUUCAGGACGAUGGAAGGACAAGAGGCGAUGCGGAUCAAUGUUGAGAGACACAACAUCAAGCUCAAAACUGAGUAUAGGGCACUGCGGAGUGCGGAUGCGAAGGCGAUAUGGGAUGUCCAUCUGAGGAUCUCAUGGAGAGUGCCUAAAUGGGACCUCACAGUCCAUGACAAGUACCUCGAAAACCAGAAUAUCGAGUUCGAGAAAGACGUCGCCGGUGAAGAGAAGGGUCUCCUCGCCAAUGGUAAUCCAAUUAUGACUGUCUCUCGACAUGCCAAGUGGGCGCAUCGGCAUGCCGAAUGGGAGGUUCAUGUAGCGCCGGAAGGACCAGCUUGA